CGGAGGAGAGUGGCGCGAGACGCGGAGGAUAGCGCAGCGGACCAACACGACAACACGCCAGCAGUGCAGUCGCGCCGGCCGACACCAACCAGUGCAGUGACGCCCCGCCACGCCCCGCCACGCCCCGCCACGCCCCGCCAGGACCACCGAUCCGCCGAAACAGGGUAGCGCCUGGACCACCAUGAGGCUGCUGGCGCUGCUGCUGCUGGCGGCUUGCUGCGUGUCGUCCCAGAGCACGGAGGACUCCAAGGUGAACGCCACCGAGUCCACGACGGCGGCGGAUGGCGUCGACCUGGGAGACCGGUUCGGACACCGAGGCCCCUCCCGUCGGCCCGGCUCGUCUUCGCAGCACCGCCCCGGCGGGGGCGGCAGCUACCACGGCGGCAGCGGGGAGCACUACGGGGGUAGCAGCGGCGGCGGCAGCUACCACGGCGGCAGCCACGAGAGCCAGAAGAGGUCGCCGCUCAACUUGGAGUAUGGCUGGAAGAAGAUGGACUUCGCCUUCCAGAGCGACUCGGAGCGCAGGAACGCCGUGCGCUCGGGCACCUACAACUACACCAAGAUCAUUCCGCUGGACGUGGACAUCUGGGAGAAGGCGGGCAGGAAGAAGGUGUUCGUGACCAUGCCGACCGACGACGGCGUCCCCGCCACCCUGGCCACCGUGUCCUUCGAGGGCGACCCGCACGCCCCGCUCAUGGCGCCCUACCCGGACUGGAGCUGGCACCGCCACGGCGACUGCCGCUCCAUCAGCUCCGUGUUCAGAGUGGCGGUGGACGAGUACGACCGCCUGUGGGUGAUGGACCGCGGCGACGACAAGAAGUGCCUGCCCAAGCUGAUGACCUUCGACCUCAACACGGACCGCCUGCUGUCCAAGUACGAGUUCUCCCCCAGCGUGCUGCUGAACCGCUCGAACCUCAUCACCCCGGUGGUGGACGUCCGGGACAACGGCCGCAACACGUUCGUCUACAUCGCGGAUGUCAUCGGCGGCCUCAUCGUGUACGACCACCAGAGCAAGUCCGCGUGGCGCGUCAACCACCCCCUGACGCUGCCGGAGCCAGCCUUCUCCACGCACACCAUCGCCGGCUCCACGUUCUACCUGCCCGACGGCGUGUUCGGCCUGGCCCUGGGGCCGCUGGAGUGCGGCGGCCAGCGCGGCCAGGGCGGCCAGCACGGCCAGGGCGGCGGCAGCUACAGCCACGGCCACGGCCACGGCCACGGGGCGCGCUGCGACCAAGACCGCACGCUCUACUUCCACGCACUGGCCUCGCGCACCGAGAACCACGUCAAGACGUCCGUGCUGCGCAACCGAGACAACUUCCCCCGCGGCCAGAACAGGGCGUCGUCGUCCUUUAAGAGCUUCGACCACACCAGGCCGUCGCAGUCCGCGGCGCAAGCCAUGUCCGAGCAGGGGGUGCUGUUCUCCGGGCUGCUGCCCGACCUGGCCCUCAUGUGCUGGAACUCGGAGCAGCCCUACGCCGGCUGGAACCUGGAGGUGGUGGCCAAGGACCCCGAGACGCUGCAGUUCACCAGCGGCGUCAAAGUGCGCAACGGCAAGCUGUGGGUCAUGAGCUGCCGGUACCAGCGCUUCAUCACGGGCACCAUGAACUGGAACGAGGUCAACUACCGCGUGCAGUCGGCGCGCGUGGCGGACCUGAUCCGCGGCACCAAGUGCGACCCCAAGACCAACAACAUCGGCAGCGCCAGGCUGCGGUGAAGACAAGCGAUUCCUCGAUCGACCGUCGAUCAACCAAUCCGCGAGUCGAGAGUGGCGGCAGUGGCGGAGCGAAGCGCCAAGUGAGACGCCAAGCGACGCGCGCGGCCCGACUGAUAGCGGAGAUAGAGUGGCCGUGCAGUGACGCCGUCCCGCCGUCUCAGUAAUUUAAGGCCUUAAGUUAUUAGCUCAAGGUGAGGCCUUCAUUUGUCGAGCCUGCGCGGAGAUGUGUGUGAAAGUGGACUGAAAUAGGCUAUUCGAUUAAUCGAAUUGAAUGUUUUGGUUUUCUUGAAAAUGUAUAGGAUAAGUUAUAAAGUAUUUAAUAUUAAAGAAAACUCCCGUACCAACA